UGCUCCAUCGACAACGUCAAGCGUGAGUUGAAAGCCGACAUUAAGGAGCUUAGAGACAACGUCACAACCCAAAAUCCAAACCUCGAAGCCGAGGUUCGCCAGUCCCAAGCCUAUAUGCGCAAUAAAGGAUUGAAGAAUCCAACCCUCCCCAUCAGACCUGUUGUUGUGUAUCGCCCCGGACAUGGCAUUCUCGAGCCGGAACCCUCACGAUUUCCUCGAAACGCGGACGAUUUUUACUCCUUGAGGGACCCGCAAACUGAUCGGCACCGGUCCAUGCUGGCCUACCUUGCCGUCUUCUACGACGUCCAACUUAGAAGUGCUAGUCAUUUGCCUGAAGAGGAAAGCAAUAGCGACGAUAGUGACGACGACGAAAUCGUUCUCGAACACCCUGACCUCGUCGUAGAGAAGUUGGAAGACAUACUCGGCCUGAAUGAAGAUAAAAUUACCAAGUUCAAGGAGAGAGCUUUGCAAAUGGCAUCACGAGCGCCAUCGAAACCCAUCAAACGCUCCCAAAUAUCCUGGCCUGAAGAUGGACCUAUUCCUGGUCCACGCCGACAAAGACUCGAAUUACGUAUCACUGCCAAGGAAGAGCCAUACUUUUACGAUCCCGAACGCCCGAAGAGUGUUUCCUCUGAAGGCUUAACCAAUGCACGUGUCGGAUGGGGUACACGUUCAACGCCUUCCUCGCAACGGGCACGAAUACAGUGGUCUCCCAAGCCGGCGCGGGUGUCCCAGCCACCCAAAUCUGAACCAGAGCGACCGAAGUCUGCGUCUAAGAGUACCGCGGCUGAGUCAACAGACACCGAUAACGAUACACAUGUGUUUACGAACUCGCCGGAACGGUGAUCUCAGAAGAAACGAGCGGUUGAAACCAGUGGCCCAUCAGCCAGGCGGAUAUUGUACCCCCUAGGGUGAUAUACAGUUGUCGACUGAGUACUUUCUACGAUUGAGCGCAGAAUGGCAAUAGUCAGGUCCGCACGGGCUUUGGGUGUAUGGGAGGAGGUUUGCGAGCAGAUCUAGGACGUGUGUGAAAGGAGCCGGACUUGACUGAGCUGUCUUUUCAGUGAUAACAGCUUGGCUUUCGGCUUUUUGGCACCGCGGUUACCCUUAGGUAUAUACUGACAUUCGCCUCUUAAGCUACUCUACGUAGUACUUCCAUCGGGAUGGGGUGCUCCGAUACGCGACAGGAUGCCAACCAGCUCGACCUGGCCUUUGAAUGUUUGCUUCCUAGCCUUGACGGCUGGGUGCUUGAGUGAUGAUCGCAUCAGGCACAGAGUAGAAUGAUACCAG